UCGGGGAGGAGCGGGUUCCCGCCUCGUCGCCGGGGAGCGUGGGCGUCGCCGGGGCCGAGGCCCAGGCUAGGCGUGUCCGCGCUGGCCAUGGCCGGACCCGCUCCGUUACCGCUGACCUUUGAAGAUGUGGCCAUUUAUUUCUCUGAGCAAGAGUGGCAGCAUUUAGAAGCGUGGCAGAAGGAACUUUACAAGCAUGUUAUGGGAGCCAAUUAUGAGACUCUUGUCUCUCUAGAUUGUGGACUUCCGAAACCAGAACUGAUAUCCUGGAUUGAACUUGGAAGAGAGUUCUUUGGCAGUUGGGGAGAAGAACAGAAGCCAGAGAAAGAGAUUCGCUCCUCUAUAGAUGGUGUGCACUUUCGUCUUAUUAUUGAGGAACGGUUAUUUGAGAGUAGCCAGCAAGCAGUGAAGUCAAGAGAAAUCACGUGCCGUUUCCAGUUAAAUCCUCUUGAGAGUCAGCCUUCCUUUGGGCUUGUUUUAGGAGAAAAAGAAGAUGUUUCCCUUAGGCAUAACCAAGGAUUCAGCCUUGCAAAUGCACGAACCCACAGCCUUGGGGCUCUAGUUUCAACAGUGCACUAUUCCAAAGAGGCUGCCCAAAGAGAAGGACUCUUGAGUAACAGAACUCUGGAUACCCCUGACUUGCAAAGAGUCCCCUCUUGGCAGAGCACCCAACACUCUUGUCCUGUCUGUGGGGAAGACUCUUGGGAGAAGAAUCACUUAGUGGCGCUCCAGAAGGGUCACCCCAAGACCCCACCAUGCAGGGUCUGGAAGGAGUUCAGCAGGCAAACUGAUGCACAGCCGCCAUGCAACUUUUCAUGUCCUGAAUAUGGGAAGAGCUUCUGCCUGAAGCAGUAUUCGGUGAGACAUCCAGAUGCCCAUACAAGAAAGAGGCCACCUCAGCGCCCUACAAGCAAAGUGUUCUUCCAUCAUGAGCACACCCUUUUCAGCCAUCACCCCCAGCACCCCAAAUGUGACAAGAGCUUCCCAGUGGAUAGCAAUGUCCACCAAUGCCAGCAGAGCCUAGAGAGGCCAGCCUCCUGGAGGGAAGACCCCAUUGUGCCCUCAAGACAGAAGCCAGGUCCCAGCCUGGACUACGAGGGCUGCUGCCACAAGGAUAGCAAGCUGAAGGUCCUGCAGUGUGGCUGCAGCCUGGGUGAGGCCAAACCCUGCUCAUGUACAGAAUGUGGUAGUUGCUUCCUCUCACGGUCUACACAGGCUGGCCUCUGCAGGGCACACAUGGGAGAAAAUUCCUUUCAGUGUUCAGAGAGCAGUGAGUGUCUCUGCCUGAGAGACCUGCAGAAUGUCCACCGGGGUGUGCAUAGUGGGGAAAGACCAUCCUCCUGUAGAAAGUGUGGUCAGGGCUUCAGCAAACAUUGUAAACUCACAGAACAUACCCGAGACCUCAGUGGGGAGAGAUCUUUCUGGUGUGCCCAAGGCAGAAGAAGCGUCAGCCAAAAGGGGCGGUUGCUGAAGCAGCAGCGGCUUCACCCCGAGGAAGAGCCCGUUCCGUGCACAGUGUGUGAGUUACGCUUCUGUCUGAAGAGCAAGUUGAGAGCCUUCCAACCGCAACAUGGUGGAGAAAGGCCAUUCUCCUGCAGCGAGUGUGGUCAAGCCUUUGCCCAUCAGUGCAAGCUCCGUGAGCAUCUCAGAGUGCACAGCGGAGAGAGGCCCUUUCAGUGUCCCGAGUGUCACAAGAGCUUCCGCCUGAAGGGCAUGCUGAAGGCCCACCAGCGCACGCACAGCAAGGAGAGGCCGUUCUCUUGUGGGGAGUGUGGCAAGGGCUUUACCAGACAGUCUAAGCUCACAGAGCACUUCCGUGUCCACAGCGGAGAGAGGCCCUUCCAGUGUCUAGAGUGUGACAGGAGCUUUCGCCUAAAGGGGCAGCUGCUUAGCCAUCAGCGUCUGCACACAGGAGAGAGACCCUUCCAGUGCCCGGAGUGUGACAAGAGCUAUCGUGUGAAGGCUGACAUGAAGGCACACCAGCUGCUGCACAGCGGGCGGAUGCCAUUCUCCUGCCAGUGUGGGAAGGGCUUUGCCAAACAGUCUAAACUCGUGGAGCACAUGAGGACACACACAGGAGAGAAGCCUUUUCAGUGUCCCAAGUGUGACAAGAGUUUCCGACUGAAAGCUCAGCUGCUCAGCCACCAGGGCCUGCACACAGGCGAGAGACCUUUCCACUGCCCUGAGUGUGAUAAAAACUUCCGGGAAAAGGGUCACAUGCUCAGGCACCAGCGCAUCCACAGGCCUGAGAGGCCCUUUGCCUGUGAAGACUGUGGGAAAGGUUUCAUUUAUAAAUCCAAACUGGCUGAACACAUUAGGGUACACACAAAAUCCUGUCAGGUUCCACGUGAGCCUGACAUGAAGAAAAGGCUUAGCCAACUGUUUGCAAUGAUAGAGGCUGACUGGAGUUGAGGCAGGUGGGGCAUCGACGCUGUAAGCACAGCUUCAUUGCCAGGGUGAAGAAUGGUGGCUGAGCUCACUGCAAAGCAAGUUUUAGGAAAAGGGCUCUACGUUGAUCAAAAAAUAUAAUACAAAUUAAAAAUGGGGAACUAUGAAGAAUUUUCUCUUCUGAAAUACCAUCAAUUCUAUUUUCUCUCCCUUGGUAAGAAGAGGCAUUUGUUCUUCCCACCACUUUACGCGCAUUUCGCCCAGAUGCAGUUAGUUCAAAAGUCCCAUCUUAAACCAGAGGAUAUUCCUCCAGUACCACUGUCAAAGCUGAAAAGGGAAAGUCUGUUUAAUAUCAAAUCUACUCUUUUGGUCUUUUCAGAGUAUGAUUCUAAACGGUUAAAUUCAGCAGAUUUUAUUUCUGUCAUGAUACGCUUUUGGAUUUGUGUUUGAUUCAUUUUAUUUUGAAACCAAUAGCAGUAAGAUGAAUUCUCUGAAUUUCCUGUGAAUGCUGAAGUUUCUCAUCAGGGCCCUUGGUGAUUAAUGUGUAGCAUACCCUAAGAAAAUACUGAUAAUCUGAGUUGAAGAAACAAAAACAAAAAAACAAAAAACGAACAAACAAACAAACCCAAAGGUAUUGAGAGAUUUGGAUCCCGAUCAAGGAUUGAGUCGGUGGAUAGAGAUUUGGAAGUUCCAGGGUGGAGAUGCUAUUUGGAGCAGAAGUGAGAAUCUCAUAAUGAAUGAAUAUUUAAGCAACUGAGUAAAGUAUACACAGAGCACAAAACGGAGGUAUCACAAUAUGUGAAUGAUUUGUAUUCUAAAAUCUUUUAAAACUAUAGAGAUCAGAAAGGGAUUUUAUUUUUUUUUUUAAUUUCAAACUCUAAUGUUACAGGGAAGGGAAAAAAGUCCCAAUAAAGUUUCCCCCGCAGCCUCAGGCCCACUAUGUUGAGGUUCCCCCCUCCUACCUGCUGGCCUCAACU